GUUCCGGUUCACCUCUGGCUCCAUGGCGACCGCUAGAGGACCAGGGUAUCUGCUGACAUUAGGCAGAUGGCGCCGCAGCCUUGGAAUAGCUCCCCAGUCCCGAGCUCUCGCUGCCCUCGUGCCCGGCGUAUCCCAGGUGGAUAACAAGUCUGAUUUCCUGGGGAAGAGGCCCCAUCGCCGGCACCCCGGCAUCCUGCAGCUGUCGCGCGUGCGGCUGCCGCAAGUAUUGGUUGACGCCGCGCAGUUACUGCUGCUGGAGAGCUCGAUGCCCAAUAUGGAGAAGAAGGUGCAAGCACUGACCAAUUAUCUCUGGAGCCGGCAUUUACCUGUAGAGCCAGAGGAGUUGCAAAGACGGGCUGUCCAUCUUGAGAAAAAAUUCCUGGAAAACGCAGACUCAUGUCAGAUGGAAGAACUUUGUGGAGAAGUGCUGCAUGCUCUGCGUAGAACUACCUAUCAUUGGCAAGAGUUGAGCUACAAUGAGGGACUGAGCCUGGUGUAUAUGGCAGCAAGACUGGAUGGUGGCUUUGCAGCAGUCUCCAGGGCAUUCCAUGAGAUCCAAGCUCGACUUCCAGAGUUCCAGCCACAAACCUUGAUGGACUUUGGCACAGGUACUGGCUCUGUCACCUGGGCUGCUCAUAGUACUUGGGGCCAGAGCCUACGUGAAUAUAUGUGCGUGGACAGCUCAGCAGCCAUGUUGGAAUUGGCAGAAAAGCUACUGAAAGGUGGUUCAGGAUCUGGGAUGCCUUAUGUGCCAGGUGUCUUUUUCAGACAGUUUCUACCUGUAUCACCCAAGGUACAAUUCGAUGUGGUGGUAUCAGCCUUUUCUCUCAGUGAACUGCCCAGCAAGGCCAACCGGACUGACGUAGUCCAAACCUUGUGGCGCAAGACAGGUCAUUUUCUGGUAUUGGUGGAGAAUGGAACAAAAGCUGGACACUCCCUUCUCAUGGACGCCAGGGACCUGGUCCUUAACGGAAAAGAGAAGUCACCUUUGGACCCUCGACCUGGUUUUGUCUUUGCCCCGUGUCCCCAUGAACUUCCGUGUCCCCAGUUGACAGCCUCUAAGCCCCUGGCCUGUAGCUUUUCCCAGGCCUACCAUGCCAUCCCCUUCAGCUGGAACAAGAAGCCAAAGGAGGAAAAGUUCUCGAUGGUAAUCCUUGCCCGAGGGUCUCUGGAGGAGGCUAAUCGCUGGCCCCGAAUCACUCAGCCUGUUCUUAAACGGCCACGCCAUGUGCAUUGUCACCUGUGCUGUCCAGAUGGGCAUAUGCAGCAUGCUGUGAUCACAGCCCGCAGACAUGGCAGGGAUUUGUAUCGCUGUGCCCGUGUCAGCUCCUGGGGAGAUCGUUUACCUGUGAUCACGCCAUCUGAGCUUCCUCCAUCACCUGCUCAAGAUCCCCCUGAGAGUUGACAAGGAUGUGUAAUGAGUGUUUUCUUCUAUCAUGACUGCCAAGGCUGAAGCUACCUGGUAUCCAGGAUGGGAGUGCUGGUACUUUUACAGCAAAAAAACUAGUUAAAAUA